GACGUACCAGCCGCAACAACCGGAGCAAAGAGAGCAAGCAGCUAUAAAGGCAACCAAGCACGUUGUGAUCCUUUCUCUCCAUCCUCCUCACACAACAACAACAACACAACCACUACACAACAACACAUCACACCAACAUGUCCAAGCCCACCCUCUACACCUUUGGCGGCUCGGUCUGGGUCCACGCGCCCCUCAUCGCCAUCACCGAGGGCGGCUACGCACCCGGCGACAUCAAGCUCGAGACGGUCAACCUCGCCGAGGGCGCAAACUUCAACCCCGAGUUCCUCAAGGUCAACCACAACGGUACGGUGCCGGUGCUCGUCAGCGCCGACGGGCACAAGUACGAGUCGACGAUUUCAUCCGUCAAGGAGAUCCUCAAGCACGCGCCCAAGCCGCCCGCACACGACGCGCACCACACGCACGAGCUCGACAAGAUCAUCAAGGAGAUCCACAACCCCGCCCACGACCCCAACGACCUGUUUGUCCUCCCCGUCGACGACGCCGACCGCGAGGCCAAGGCCAAGGGCGUUGUCGGCGGCUUCCUCGCCGGCCGCCAGAAGGCGCUCGACACGUACGCGCCGACCGCGCCCGCCGAGUUUAAGAGCUUCCUCGAGGGCAAGCAGCGCGCGAACGGGCACCUGCUUGCGUUCUUCACUGGGAACCCGGACCAGGAGGCCCGUACGGCCCUCUACACGUCGGCGCAGAACCUCUGGGCUUCGGCAGGCACCUUCAUCCGCGGCGAGGUCACGCACCUGCUCAAGAAGUCGAGCGGGCCGUACCUCGCCGGCACCGAGCCGGGCGAGGCCGACUUCCACCUCGUGACGUGGCUCGCGCGCAUCAUCACCGACGCGGGCGUGCCCCCCGGCUCGAUCUCGGGCGUGGCCCUCAAGGCUGUCGAGGCGCGCACGGGCGGCCAGCCGAUCGACCCCGUCGUCGCGGGCUUCUGGGACUCGUGGACCCAGCGCGAGAGCUUCAAGGUCAACAACGUGGCUUAGGUUGUGUAUUGUAAUGUGUGCGAGAUGCACCGGUUCGGUUCCUGUA